UCAAGCGCUCCUAUGCUAACUGCAAGUGUGAUGUAGGAUGGGUGGUGUUUAUGAUACAAAGUUUUUUGUUUGAUGUGAAAUUAAGUUGAAACUGGAAAUAUUGGUUUGUUAGCCAGUUUUUUUAGCGACCAUCAGCAACAUUAAUGAGCUCAGCAGCACGAUGACUCAUCACAUGCUGUGUGACAGAAUGUUUAAAACAAAUAUUUGCACAGUAUCACAAAGAUCAGCAAUUAAAACAACUGUACUUAUUUGAUAAGAUUAAUGUACUUGAACAAGAGCAGUGUAUCCAGUUUAUAUCCUUAUAUCCUUUUGCUAUGCAAUAAUAAUAAUAAUAACAACAACAACAAAAUAUUGGCUGAAUACUGAGCAGUUAAAGGACAGGUUGAGUGACAUCUGUAAAGUGAUUCAAAUUAAAUAAUUUCAUUAAAACAUUCUUCCACAUUCUUUAACAAAUAUUGUUGAGGAAAUAUGUUUUGUACCAUGUAUCAUUUUACCCAAAUACUCCAGUCCCUUUGGGAUUUUAGAUCACUUACAUUAGUCUGAUUUUAGAAUUCAUGGAAAUGCUGAAAAUAGUGUACAUUGCUUACUGGACCUUUAAGAGGAAAACGUGUAAUAAAUGGUGAUGUUGAGAGAAGUUUCCAUUACUCCACCCAGCUUCUGGCAAAACAAACAAUUAGCUCUAUUGGUACCCUGACCUUGCUUUUCCAGAACGGGUUUACUAAUGCUCACAUUAACAUAGUCAGAGCACUGUUUUUGAAAGUUGGGAAAGGCAGCCUGAGUCAUUGCUCCUUUUUACUUAUAGUACGAGAAAGCCAGAAAUACCAAAGAUUACUUUUCUUAAAGAGAAAAAUUUAAGCACAAUGGAACGAGAGAUGGACUACUGUGUUCUUAUGAAUGGGAUUGAGGAGCUUGAUUUCCAAGGGAAUGUUGUGCCAAGUGAUCUUGUGCUGAUAGGCAGCCAUGCCUUCCCACUCUCCAUGAAUCCAAGAGGUCAGGUCCUAAUGGCUGCAUCUCGCUAUGGCCAGGGACGUAUAGUAGUGCUGGGACAUGAAACGUAUUUAACAAGGUUUCCAAGCCUAGUGGAGAAUGCCUUGACAUGGCUUAUGCCAACUGAGUCUAAAAGCACAACAGUAGGUAUUCAAAAGGGUCUUGAAUCCCUUGCAGUGAAUUUAUCCUACAGCUCCAUGAAAACUGAGGUAGGAGAUUUCAAAAAUGAUGGUUUAGCAGUCUAUGUCACCGAUGCCUACAGUGUUGAAUCAUGUGCCAAAGAGUUAGUAGCCUUCCUGAAAUCUGGGGGAGGCUUGCUUAUUGCUGGUCAGGCUUGGAACUGGGCUCAAACCCACCCAGAAGAAAAUACACUGCUCUGCUUCUCUGGCAACAAAGUAUGCAGUGUGGCAGGAAUCUAUUUCUCAGAGCUUCCAGGGGAAGUUGGCAAAUUUCCUGUACCUAGGCAAAUCCCAUCAAGCUGGCUGGCAGUGUCGAUUGGUAAGGACUUCAAAGAUGACCUAAAGUUCCUACUCCAAGGUGUUUCAGAGUUUGAUGUUCAAGGUGGCGCUUUAGCAUCUGAAUUGAUGGCACAUGGACCCUUAGCCUUUCCUAUUGCACUUACCCCAUGUGGUAGAGCCUUUAUUGCUGGGGCCUACUAUGGACAGGGGAGAAUAAUUGUGGCCGGCCAUGAAGGUUACUUUGGUCGUGACUCACUGUCCAGCUUCUUGAUCAAUGCUAUUCGCUGGCUUGAUGAAGGGCGCAAUGGGGUUAUUGGAAUUAUGCCUCAACUUAAAGAUGCCCAUCGUAUUCUGAGCCAGUCAGGACUGAAUUGUCAAUUCACUGGAUUUAGGGAAGACCUAAGCGUCUUUGUCUGUACCUCCUAUGAUGAUUCUCAGUGUCACCAGAUCCAGGAGUUUGUUGCUGAGGGUGGAGGUCUCAUGACAGGAGGUCAUGCUUGGUAUUGGGCACAGUGUAACCCCAAUCGCAACGUGAUGACGGAUUGCCCAGGGAACCGUAUCCUCAAUAAAAUGGGAAUGUGUCUCAUGGGGAACACCAUAGGUGGAGGUUUAUAUAAAGCCCAGCAAAUAACGGAAGAUGGGGACAAUGGUACACAGGCAUUUCAUUUCCGUGACUUGCUGCAGCGCUUUGCCAGCCAUGUCAUCCAAGGUCAGGAUCUUACCAAACGUGAAGAAGAAAGUCUGCAGAAGCUGGGGAAUGAUUGUGCAAAUUAUCUGCGCAUGCAGGCUCAUGACAGCGCUUCCUAUACUUCAACAGUUGCACUGAUCACAGAUAUGGUGAAAGAAGCAGGAGUUCCACAGGUGUGUCAUACAUGUCCUGCUCAGAGUAACAAAGAUAAAAUGUUGCUUCAUGUGGGAAGUGAGGUGUACAAGGUGUGCAAAGAUCCUGAUGCACUUCUGCCAUUCAUUAUUAACGACAUACCCAACCUGCCUACAAUGUCCAAUGUGAGAAUCCGGCUCAAUGUGGACACAGAUUGUGAAGAAUGGAUAAGCACAGGUCUGUACCUGUCUCCUGGAAUGAGGACCUACAUCGCAGUACCUCAAGAAAUCAAAGACAAAGGUUGGCAGCUGCAGAUUGGAUGUCAAACAGAUUGCUUAGGCAAUGCAGACUGUCUUAAACGUGCGCCUGUGGUGCACACGCGAUGUGCGUUGGACAGUGAGAUGGUGCAGGUCUGGAAUUUGUGGGGAGGCCUUAUGUACCUAAUUGCACCACCAAAGAGCAAAGUGAAUGGAGUGGAGGUGAUUGUGCAAACAGCUGUAAAAGCACCAUACUACAAAUCUGGACAAACCAGUGUGGCAGACUGGGUGAAUGAUAUCCGUAAUGCACCGGCUCCUUGGGCAGAACUUGAGUUUGAAAAUAUAAUCAUUACCCUACACUCAGACUUCAUACGUAAACUGGACCGUCCUGACGAGUUGGCGGCUCUCUGGGAUUCCAUUAUGAAGGGUGUGGCUGACUUGGCUGCAAAACCUGCCAAGUUUCCCCGCAAGGAACGUUUUGUCGCUGAUGUUCAGAUCUCUCAUGGUUUCAUGCAUGCUGGCUACCCUGUAAUGAUUCACUCCACCUCUGUCGCAGAGCUCGUGAACACAGAGACAGCUCGUACGCAGGGUAUUUGGGGAGCCAUUCAUGAAUUAGGCCAUAAUCAGCAGUGCUCUCCGUGGGAGUUCCCUCCACAUACUACCGAGUGUACCUGUAACUUGUGGUCAGUGUAUGUGCAUGAGGAGGUGCUGGGGGUGAACAGGGCAAAUGCUCAUCCAAACAUGACUCCAGAAAACAGAAAGAGCCGAGCUGAGAGUUACGCUAAGGGAGGCAGGAAUCUGGACACCUGGAGUGUUUGGACAGCCCUGGAGACAUACAUGCAGCUACAAGAUAAAUUUGGCUGGGAUGCUUUCAAGAAAGUCUUUGCAGCCUAUCAGAACAUGCAGAAUGUGUCAAACAACAGAGAUGAAAAGAUGAACUUGUAUGCUGAAACAUUCUCAAAGGCAGUGAACAUGAAUCUGGCUCCUUUUUUUAAAGCUUGGGGUUGGCCCAUUCAGCCAAGCACUGAGGAAACACUUAAUAGUCUACCCACAUGGAGUGACCACCCUAUGGCCCAGUAUGCUUGAUGUACCAGUAUACUUGUAUCACUAUUCUCAAAAAACUUGAUGUCUUAGUAUGCUCAAUGCCCCAGUUUCAGUAUAUAUGAUUGCCAAAUGCUGAAGGUUUGAAGUGAAUUUAUUAUUCUUUUUUUUUGGUGGCAGUAGUGUAGGUCUGAAUAUAAUGGUAAUAAAUAUUAACAUACAAGUGAAAAUAAUUUUAUAUAGUUUCAUAUAUAAACAACAUGUUGCACAUAUACAGUACAAAAAGGUCAUUUUAUUAGAUUGCCCUAAAACAAACUGAUUAUAAUUAAAAUCCUUUUGAAUAUGUUCAUUACCAUAAAUGUAACGGCUAUUCUAUAGAAUUAGCCUGCAGAGCUUUUUAUGCUGUUUGCAAAUAAAAUAAAUCUUAAAUUA